AUGUAUUCGUUUCAAACACUUCGAGCAUUUCGUCACCGUUUCCCUACCUUAAGAAACAUUUCAGUUCGUUCUGUUUCUUCAGUCACGAACCUUCCUUAUAUAGAAACCAACACAAGAAAGAAAUUAGAAGUACCAUUAUCAAAUUCUAAUGGUAUAACACAUAUUACAACUCUUUCAAAUGGUGUGCGUGUUGCAACCGAAAAUAUUCCAGGCCAUUUUUCGGCUGUUGGUUUAUAUAUUGAUGCAGGAUCUAGAUACGAAACACAACGAACUUUAGGUAUAAGUCAUAUCUUGGAUCGAUUAGCAUUCAAGAGCACACAGAAUCAUUCAAUCGAUCAAAUUAACUCGAUAGUAGAUUCUCUUGGUGGCAAUAUAAUGUGUGCUAGUAGUCGUGAAACAAUUAUGUAUCAGUCUGCUAUUUUCUCGCAGGAUCUUUCUAAGAUUUUAGCUCUUUUUUCAGAUGUUAUUCGUAAUCUUUGUAUUACUCCAGAAGAAGUGGAGGAACAAAAGCAAACAGCACUUUAUGAAAUUCAGGAAAUAUGGCAAAAGCCUGAAAUGAUAUUACCGGAACUUCUUCAUACGGUGGCAUUCAAGGAUAAUACUUUAGGAAAUCCUUUAUUGUGUCCAGAGGAUCGACUUGCUAUUAUGACACCAAAAUUGAUUAAAGAAUAUAUAUCAACAUGGUAUCGUCCAGAACGAAUGGUUAUAGCCGUUGCUGGAUCUCAACAUGAAGAUGCUGUUGAACAGGCUAUGAAAUAUUUUGGCGAUAUGCCUAAAUCACCUGAAUUCUCGGCACAAACUUUGUUACCACCUAUAACACCAAAACAAAAGCAAACAGGAGCAUCAUUAUAUAAAACAAUUACAACGGCAGCCUCUUCACUUCUUCAUGCAAACCCAAAUUAUACAGCAACUCAUGUAACUCAGAGAGCACAUUACACAGGCGGUUCGACGUUAUUAGAUCACCCACUUCCGAAUACAUAUGUUAACAUUGCUUUUGAAGGGCUUCCAAUUCAUGAUCCAGAUAUAUAUGGACUUGCAGUACUUCAAAUGCUUCUUGGGGGAGGUGGAUCUUUUUCAGCAGGUGGACCUGGGAAAGGAAUGCAUACUCGUCUGUUUACACAUGUGCUUAAUAGGUAUUCAUUGAUGGAAUCUUGCAUGUGCUUUAAUCACUGUUAUACCGAUUCUGGACUUUUUGGUAUUAUGGCAUCAUGUAAUCCAGAGUUUAAUAAUUCCAUUAUAGAUGUAAUUGCACAACAAUUUGCUUCUGUGUCAGGUUUUGGACAUGAAAGUAUAACACAGUUAGAACUUUUACGCUCCAAAAAUCAAUUAAAAAGUAGUUUGCUCAUGAAUUUAGAAUCCAGAAUGGUACAAUUAGAAGAUUUGGGGAGACAGGUUCAGGUAUAUGGUUAUAAAAUACCUGUGGAAGAAAUGUGUAAAAAGAUUGAUAAUGUUACGUUGGAAGAUAUUGUGAGAAUAGCAAGAAAAGUAGUUAGAGGUCAAGUACAUAAUGAGGGUAAUGGUACAGGUGAAGUUACAGUAGUGGCUCAAGGUGAAUUAAAAGGAUUACAAGAUGUGAAAAAAAUAUUUGAAAAAUAUGGUCUAGACAUUUACAAUUUGGAAUAUCCUUGGCGUAAAAGUUUUUUUCUUUCGCUUGCUGCGCCGCUCGGGAUGACAUCAUCAAGGAUACCACGAUUACUCGCCCAACCAACAUGCGUAGUAGAAAACGUACUUCUUCAACCAACGUUAAACGUAUUGGACCGCUGCGCGAUUUCACAAACGUGUAAAACGCUACGAGGAUUUACUUCAACUCUAUAUUCAAUAUUUGAUUUCCCUUUAUCCCCUUCAAAUAUAACAUCAUUAUCGCAUAAGAAAUCAUUGGCAAUUAAACCACAAGAUUUAAAAUGUGUGCCGAUAAUAGUAGUCCGUUCUGGGGUUUAUAACGUGGCGAUAGGAUCAGAUGGUAAUGAUUAUUCUGCAAUAUUUUUCAACAAGAAGGGAAUCGUACGUGUAGUUAAGGUUAGAACAAAAAAGGAUGGUGUAUCAAUUGAGUGCCUGUAUUCGGUUCUUGUACAAAGAAUGUUAUUUACUUGUUCGAAAUUUAAAGAUAGAGUUUUAAUAAUAGAAUCUCCACCUGGAAAAGAUUAUUUUGCUCAUACUUGUACUCUACAAGAAAUCCUUGAGAAAUUUAGCAAUUUAACCCUCUAUAAACAUUCUGGAACCAAAUCUAAUUUGACCUCUGGGUUAGCGUCAUCAACAUCAACGUCAUCAACGGUCAAGACCAUAGAGAAUAUCACCCCUUCCAACGAUGGUAACAAUAAUGAAAACAUAAGAGACGUAGAUUUUAUGUCAUGGCAAAAUACUAAACCAACGAGAGACAUGUUACUUAAAGGAAUUGUUGGAAUGAUCAGAAGAUUUCGUCUAAGGGAAUUGGCAAAUUCAAAAGAAAUUUCAACCAUUUCUAGCGUUGGCAAACAGCGUUGGUACAUAAAUGCAUUGAUGCAAUUUCAUUAUAGAUAUUUAAUGUGCCAACAAAAACUUUACGUUUAUGGUAAUUCAUUAAGAAAACGUCACACGGAGAUAAUGACCUUCUUAAAAAACGAGUUCAAACAAUCAUUAUUAUCAACAUUUUCGAAUGACUGGUCAUAUAAUCAUGAAAGUGAGGAUGAAUUAAAAUCAUCUAAUGGUAUCUUUUCAUUCGUAAUGGAUUUUAAAAAAAAUUAUUCAUCUUCUAAUUCAUCAAAGAAAAUAUCUAGAAGUACUAGUUCAUCAUCAAAUUCUUCUUUAACGAAUAAUGAAAUCUAUUAUCGUGAAGCGGAAAUAGAACAGCAAUUAGCUCAGCUUAAUGAACGUCACUUAUUUUUAAGGACCUUAAUGGAAAGAUUUAAAUCUGUUAUAUUAAUUAAUCAAGGUUUAGAAAGUUGUUGUUUAGUAUUUCGUCAUUUCGAAUUACAAUCAAUUUACGAAGAUUUACGUACGGAUCUAACGAAAAUUUUACAUAAACAUGAAAUGGUUUCCGAAAUUAUUGAGGUCACUGCUGUUAAAUUACAAUUUAUUCUAAAAUUUUUAUAUGAACAAGAUAUACGUAACAAGUAUUCUUCCAUGAACAAAGAAUUGGCUCGUCAAGGGAUUAACAUUCAAUUGGAUGGAAAUGAUUUGAAAAAUUUCUCAAAUACUACGUCUACAUCAUCGUCGAAUCGAUUGUCCACAUACAUUAACGCUUCUUCAACCACGUCAAUAUCGCAAUCUGCUGCAUAUGCCACCACAUCAACGAUAUCAACCCCCAUGGCAUCAUCUACGACACCGGUAAUCAACGAGAAGCGCAAAGAUAUUUCAAAGUCGACGGGCACCUCACAUCAAUCUGAUCAUGAUCUUAGUGCCGAAUCAAUAUUGGAUGCUCUUUUAUUGCAAGUUCCAUUUGAACGUAUAUUUUCAAGGAAAAUGUUUAUUAAAUUGUUAGCACAAAGACAUUUUGAAACAAUGUGCGCAGAAUAUGGAGAUCAUACCGCUAGAAUAGAUUAUGAUGAUUAUUGUUCGAGUUCAAAUGAAGAUUUAUCUGAUGAUGUUGAAAUUGGUGAUUGGUUAAAUGCUGCUUGUUAUAUUCUUUUCAUAUCAAAACUCUUGUUGAAAGAUGAUUGUAAUUGGGUUGAACAAUACGAUGAAAGUGAAGAUUAUGACGUAGUCAUUGAUGUUGACGAUAUGAUUAAAGUUUGGAAAACUUGGUGGUUAUAUGCUUGUAGUGAAGUAUUGGACAAUAUUGAAACUUCAAAUGCCAAAGUUGUUUUGGAAAAGUUGGAAGAUAUUUUGGAAAUGUCAGCAAAAAAAAAAACAUGA